AUGGGUUUGUUUGUGUGUGAUCCUGACUGUUUGUUGUCCCUCAGGCGCGAAUCUCUAUGGAAUAAUAUAAGGAUUGAAUAUCCUAUUUCUCCGAGUUGCCGGCCUUCUUCACGCCUGAUAUCAGAGUUAUCAAACAUAUCCCGCCGGAGGGCCGAGAAUUGGGUCGGAAUUUUCGGAGAUUUGUGUGGUUCCCAUUCACGGCGGGGACGGAUUUUCCGACAGAUUCCCGAUGAUGUCGACAUCGUCCGAUCCGAUGGCGCUGGUGGAGCAGACGACCAUGCGAUGUUAUGUGAAGAAAAGCGCUCGACGGCGUGGCGGCGGAGGCUGGCCUGA